AUGGGGGUGACGGAAGAGGUGUUGAAGAAGGCCAAAGACUACGUGAAGACUAAGGAGUUCCGGGAUUACGUAACCAGCACCCACUUCUGGGGUCCUGUGGCCAACUGGGGCCUUCCAUUGGCCGCCUUGAGGGACAUGAAGGCGUCGCCGGAGCUCAUCAGUGGCCGCAUGACCACAGCACUCAUCUUGUACUCGAUGACCUUCAUGCGCUUCGCCUACCGUGUGCAGCCUCGAAACAUGUUGUUGAUGGCGUGCCACUUCACCAACGUGGUGGCACAGAGUGUGCAGGCUGGCCGCUACAUAAACUAUCACUAUCUUGGUGACGCCCAGCGGGCCACCGCCGCCAAGGGCAGCGCAACUCCAGCAGCUAGCUCCGGUGUCCAGUGCCCCCCAAAAGCUUCCUAA